UAUCUGUAUUCACGAGCCGCCGACCCAGCAAAGUCGAGGAAUCACAUCUUUCGUACACUUAUACUUUCUACUAAGAAGAACAACUGUAAGUGAAGGGGAAAUUAACAUCAGAAUUUAUAAAUAUACGUACUAAUCGAUUGCAGAAUCUAGUGGUUAGAAUCGAGUCAGUGAUAUAGCACCAUCCCUAUAUAAAAAAUGCGGAUUAGUUUUGUAUUAUUCAUUGGUCUAGUCACGUUUGCCGCCCUCUGUUCAGCUCGACCAGCUGAGAACGAUGCUGACUACGAUGAAGAACCAGCACCUCCACCAAAAAAACCAGCGAGGCCAUUAACCAGCAGAAGGAAUCCACUAAGCGGUAGAACUAAUGGAAAAGCGGCAAGUAGCACCACUACAACUACGCAAGCACCAGUGGAAGAAGAAGAAGCUGUGGAAGAAGAAUAUGAUGAGGAGUUACCGCCAGAACAAGAACCAAGUUCGACGACGGAAGCCCCUAAGAAAAAUUUUCUUAAAACUGGAGUAGUUAGGCCAUUUAGAAGCAAUGACGAACUUCUGGCAGCUUUAAAAAAGAGAAGGGAGCAAGUAGUCCAUAAUAAGAUCACAAACCCAGUUCAAUCGAAUUCAGAAGUACAAAGUGCCCCCCCAGCAGCCGCCGCUGAGAAAGAAACUUCCAAGAAGAGCAGCACAUCAUCUGGUAGGAGGAAUAGAUUCAAUGCUAAAGAAAAAAGCCCAGAACCAGCAGCAGAGGAAUCUCCAGCACCAGCAGCUACACCUUCUAGAACAGGAAGAAGAUUUGGUGGUAGAAGUUAAUUAAUUUCUCUUUUAUAGUCUUAGAUCCAGCCAGUUUCUAAAAGAAAAAGACCGAUAUUAGAUUUGGAAUAAUUAAUAUGGAAUAUACCAUUAUACAGGGUGUCCCCGAAAAUAGUGCGUUACUUUAAGGUAUGGAUAUAAUACACAAUGUAGAACAAAAAAUUCCUAUAACAUUUUUUUCUAGUUUACCGUUUCCAAAAAAAAAAAUUACAUUGUUCGCCAUAUAAGCGAACUUUUAUUUUCAUAAAAUUAACUAAUUUGGCAUCACUGUACAAGAACUGUUUGUGAUUUAGUUUAUUGACACCACAAAUUGUAGGUCAGACAGGUACACCUGCAAAAUAAUUGUACCACCCCAUGUUUGAAAAUCCAACAAAACAAGAAUUUGUUUGUUUGUUUAGGAUGAAGACAGGCUUUAAUGUAAAUACUUAUGGCUAAAAUCGUUAAAGUGCUGCAACUAUUUUUGAAUUGGGAUUGUCUAUGUUUAGAUUUUUGUAUACAUAGUUGUCAGAUUUCAAUUUGCAUACCAAAAUGUAUUUUGGUUUUUUAGCCAAACGGUUGCAUUUAGAAAAAAAUGUUAUAAGACUUUUUUGCUCUACAUGGUACCUUCUACCUAUACCUUUAAGGAACGCACUAUUUUCGGGGACACCCUGUAUUCUUUGAUGUAUUCAUUAAAAUGUGAACAUGAAAAUGUAGAAAAGCGUCUGAUUGGUUCUGAGUCUAUUAGUGUAGAAAUAAAAUAAAAAAUUGUUAAAAUGGGUGAGUUUAGGACUUAUGUUGCUGUGAAAAAUUUGAAAAUCUCCUGUAUUUAUAAAAUAUAUUGACUUAGCAAGAGUUACUUAAAAAUGAUUUUCUUAAUUUUUGAGCUUAUCUUAAUUUACACAUAUUUUAUUGUCUUAAAAUAAUGUUCAAGGAAUUCUAAAUCACUUUUAUUGUUAAAUUUGUAAAUAUAUCUAUUUGGAUCAAAAUUUUACCUAGCUCUCACUCAUUUGUCGUUUAUCUAUAUUUUGUUAUAAAAAAUUAUUUAAAUCACGAAUAAAAACUUUUUAAAUUGUAAGAAAAAA